AUGGUGUUCACUCUUUGUCUCAUCUGGGCCAAAGCAGGUUUGGUGGUAGCUCUCAGAGCAACGUCACUGGUCAGGUUGCUAAUGUUGUAUGGAUACUUCAUAGAGUUUAGCAGCAAAGAGACUGCUGGGGUCGAAAAGCAGAUUCCCAGCCGAAUCCCAGCGAGUCCAAACGCCUUGGACAAGGUUUGCAAAACAACAAGGUUCGGAUACUUGUUCACCAGAACGGAAACAGAGCUUCCGACUUUGCAGAAGUCGACAUAUGCCUCAUCUAUAAUGACCAAUCCGUUCCACUCAGCAUUCUCAACCUUUUUCAAAAGAUCCUCAACCAGGUCGAGUUUGAUCUGUGCGGCAGUUGGGUUACCUGGAGACGUCACGUAG